AUGGAGCCAAAAUUCAGACCUUUGCCUGUCGGAUUCAGAUUUCGUCCAACAGACUAUCAGAUGUCAAGCUAUUUUUUGAAGAAAAAAGCUCUAGGACAGCCAAUGAGAGUCCGUAUCAUACCUGAAGAGUGUCUGGAUCUCUUCUCAAAACAUCCUAGUGAUUUGCCUGGGUUUCCAAAAGAAAAGCAUUUGUAUUUCUAUUGCAGGAAAACAAACGGCCAAGACCCUCAAAAUCUCUGGACACAAAUCGGUGAAGAUACUGUGUUCGAUCCACAGGAAGAAAUUUGUGUCGGUAUCAAACGUUCCUUUACUCUCAUUGAGCACGAAGAAGAAUCCAAUGAUAUUCGUUUACCUGACGAAGAAGAGUUAAAUCCAAGAGUUGAAUGGUACAUGGAUGAAAUUAGCCUCCCAACUACUGUUGCAGAUACUGACUGGGUUUUGUGCCAUGUCUUUUAUAAAGAAGAAGGUGAUUUCUAUUGA